AAAAAGUACACCAAGCCCUAUAGAGCGAACAGCCCCUACACUGACCACCUUUCUUUUGUCCUCCAGGUUCGUGUCAGCGGUACAGCUGUAAGGAGGGCACUGUUUGAAUCAGAGCGAGGCAUCUGCCAGCUGUGUUUCCUGGACGCUCACAGCUUGUACCAAAGCGUCACAGUUCUGAGCGUCCGCAAUCGACCGGCGUUCUUGGCGCGAACGCCUUAUUCCGCCCUCCCACAGAGGACGCUGAAAAAGAUGGUCAUGGAACCAAAAGAGGGAAUGUUCUGGGAGGCGGAUCAUAUUACGCCCGUGUCUGAGGGGGGUGGGGAGUGUGGAUUAGACAACUACAGAACCCUGUGCGUCAUGUGCCACAGGAAGGCCACCGAGGAAUUAAACCGAAGGCUCAAACAACAGAAAGUUCUUCAAUACUCUGCUGGAUAUGCAGACAUUUCGACGUUCUUUCGGCCGCUUAGCUAAUGACAAAUAGAACUGCCAUCGAGUCGCAAGCCACGUGAAAUGAAUGUAUUGACACAUACCUGUGGGGCGUUUCUAGUCAAGGAGUCUCAAACAACGGAGGGUCUUGUAACACGCCGCUGGAUACGUAUAUAUAGUGACGUUCGUUUGGCUAGUUAUAUAUAAUGACGUUCUUUCUCUCGCGGAGAAAUUUGAAAACGGCGUUUUCACUCUGAGAACGUAUCAGUUGUUUUUCAUCCACACUACGCCGGAUAAAAUUGAGAAGGCAGCGAUCAUAGGUCAUUUGGAUUUUUGAUUGAGGAGGACUCGGUCAGGGAAAUUACAUGAUUGUCGUGACGUCAUCGUUUUCGAAAAGCUCCGUUUUCAAAAUG